AUGAACGGCAGACACCCCAGCCAGCUCCUUGAACAAAUGAGUGCAAUGCAAGGUCAGAUGCACGCUCUCGACAAGACUGUGAGAGACCUAGUCAGCCGCAUCACCUCGUCUUCGGGCGCUCCCUGUUCAUGUAGGGCUAGCUCUUUCAAGGGAUCACACGGAGAUAAACUGCAUGUCCCACAGCACCGUGACCGAAGACUCUCAACAGUCACGAGGGCAUCAUUCCAAGGCCCAACAACAUCUGAUUUUAGCUUCAAACUGGCCAAAACAAGCUUGCUGCAGCGAGGAAUCAUGGAGCCAAAUGAUGUUUUCGACGGAGUAGACGGCGACGUGACUCAGGAGCCUUCCCCAGUGGCCUCUCCGUUGUCUCCAGCUCAUCGUGCAGGAGAAUGUCGCGCAGCCGAUCCCCUCGACACGAUGGACAAAAGCGAAGUCCUUCGUUUGUGCAUUGUGUACGAGGAGGAGAUGGGCAUAAUGUAUCCCGUGCUGGAGUUGCCCGUCCUGCUAGAGCAAGUUCACUUUCUUUUUGACAGAUCAGGUCACCAAGUGCAGCAUCUCGGGCAAGCUGGGCCCACUACAAACGCCGUCUUGGACCAUGAAGAUAUGGCAAUUAUAAAACUGGUGUUGGCCUGCGCUUUGACUGCUGAAGGAGGCGGUCGGAGCGACAAAGCUAUUUCGUUGCUCGACAGCGUACGGGAAAUUCAGGAUGACUGCGUAUGGGGUUCACCGGAGAUCAAGUCUAUGACCAUUUUGACUCUCGUGUCCAUAUUGCACUUCCAAAUGGACGAAGAGACCCUUGCAUGGCGCACCAUUGGAAUUGUGGAGCGAAUGUGUCUGGAGAAAGGGCUGCAUCGAUCAGAGUCUCUGAAACAUUCAAGUAUCACGGCAACUGGUAGAGAUCGAGCCUUGCGACUGUUUUGGUCCAUUUACAUCUUGGACAUGCGCUGGUCCUUUGGGACGGGCAUGCCUUUCGCACUUGAGGACGCAGAUAUUGACCCGAGUUUGCCAGAGCCCGAGGAAAGCACUCCGUAUCUUCGUGCAAUGGUCAAGUACAGCCGACUUGCGGCAAGGGUGUGGAAAUUUGUUUCCGCUUUCAACAACAAGAAUGAAAUCAAGAAAGACGAAAUGAAUUAUCUCGAUUGGCAAGUCUUGCGCUGGGCACAUGAUAUCCCCGACUCAUUGGGAUUGAAUCACCUCACUGGAACGAUGGUGAAUUCCGCAGAUGGAAAAGCCCGCAGUGUGCGUCGCCUAAAGGCGUUGCUAUACUUGCGAGCAAAUCAACUGAGGAUGCUGAUAUAUCGACCGGUCUUGCACACGGUGACUCAUGUUGCUCGAUACCCCACCGAGUCCGCCACGGUAGUUGAAAUCGCGAAAGACACCAUUCGAUUCAUUACCAAUUUGAACGAGACUUCGGAUAUCUACCAGCUUCAACAAGUUGCUUUCAAUUGGUUCUUGGUUUCUGCAAUCGGGGUCCUUUUCCUCGCAGUUGCACAAGCUCCGUCCCAAUUCAGCGAUACAUGCAAGGAAGAAUUCUACUGCGCUUUGGAUCUCGUCAAAGGCUUUUCAACGCACUCCUACGUCUCCCAGCGGCUAUGGAGAUCGAUGCGAAGCCUGCGGAAGCUCGGGCCUCGAUUAGGUCUCUGGGGUGCUCAGAAACCCCCAUGCAACAAAAUACGGAUGAAUCGGUCGGCUGUGCCCGAUCCCUCGUCUGAGUCGCUACCGUUCAACACAACGGUAGCAGCAGCAGCAGCAGCAGCAGCAGAGACAGGCACCCCGAGUCAGGCUAUACCGGCCGACAGCAUGCAAAUGACCAGGGAAUUAAUGGAGUGGUUCGAAGCUUUGGGGAACCCCGGGGGGCUCAGUACGACAGAUACUUCGCAUUUCAUCUCGGAGCAGCCCUCUUGGCAGGGCUCGGCAGCUGGUCCUUUCAUGUGUGAGUACGGAGACGAGCUAUCGAGCAUAUUGAGAGAUUGCUUUUAG